AUGUCUGUCCGGGGAUACAUUGUCCCCUUUUUCAAAUGCACAACCCUUCUCUCUCUAAGGAUUUUGGUUCUUGUCCCUGCAGGGUUGCCUGUCCGCAGUCAAAGUGAUUCUCUACCUGACACCAAAGUGAUGGACAAUAUUACCGUGCGACAAGGAGAGACGUUAUUUCUCAGGUGUGCACAGGGGGACAUUGUCACACAUACAGCAUGGCUAAAUCGGUCAAGUAUACUAUAUGCCGGAGAUGAAAAAUGGUCCGUGGAUCCAAGGGUGAGUUUGGUGACACUUAAUCAAGAAGAGUUUACCAUCAAGAUUGAAAACGUGGACAUGACGGAUGAGGGGCAGUAUGUUUGUGCGGUCCAAACCAGCAGUCGACCAACAACCACCAUAAUACAUGUCCUCGUCCAAGUACCUCCAAAAAUCAUCAAUCUGCCAAGGGACAUUGUGGUAAAUGAAGGCUCUAAUGUCACCCUGAUGUGCCAAGCCGAUGGAAAACCAGAGCCUUUAAUCAGCUGGAAACUCAUCUCAUCUUCAGGGGACCUGGCAACAGAUGAUGAUUACCUGGAAAUCCCAUCUAUCUCCAGACAGAGAGCAGGGACGUAUGAAUGCACAGCUGUCAACAAUAUUGACACAGAUACCCAGACUGUAGACAUCACUGUCAACUAUGCUCCAUCUGUGUCUGACGGAAGAGAUGUUGGCGCUACGCUGGGCCAAAGGGGAGUGUUGGAGUGUGAGGCGGAUGCAGUGCCUGAGGCCGAUUUUGAGUGGUAUAAAGAUGACAGAAGGACCGAGAACAGUUCAGGACGGCAGUGGAUCAGCGAUGGGUCUUCACUUACACACCUGCCUCAUCAUCAUCGUGUGUUUACCCUUUCUGAUGAAAUUUUGAGGCGGGAUCAACAAUAUUUGUGUUUGAGUGUACAAUAUGUUAUUUUGGAAGUGUGUUGGUUUUUGUGCUUUUUCAUUUGCAACCAUAAACUGAUAAGAAAGAGGUCCUGCAGGUCACUUGCUAUGUAAAGAUCUUGACGUUUCAUGUGACUUUAUUUUUCAUUUAUUUAUUUCAAAAACGUGACACGUUGCGCUUCAGAAAACUUUGUCAGAAACGGACUUUUAAUUAAAUGUGACUGCAUUUUUUGUUCACACUAAAUCCAAGUUUGGUCAUACUUGAGGUUAUAUUCACACUGCAGGUUAAUUCCGAUUUGUUUUGCCCAUAUGUGACAUGUAUCAAAUUUUUUUCAUGUCAGUGUAUUACGCAAUAACAACGUAAUAAUGUAAUUUAUGCAUGCGGGUCAGUUCAGGGAUGCUUUCCAUUCAUCAUCAAACACAUUGUUUUGGAACAUGAAUGACUACGUAACAAGAUCGGAUUCAACAAAAAAAUCAGAUUUAGGCAUCAUACGCUAGUGCGAACGCAGCCUAAAUCCAGGAAUGGUCAUACAUAAGGUUAUGUUCACACUGCAGUUCAAUUCCGAUUAUUUUCCCACAUGUGACAUGUAUCUGAUUUUUUUUGUGUAACAUUUGAGUACAGUCCGAUUUUUUUCUUCUCAAAUCCGACACAGGCCUCUUUCGGAUGUGAAUAUACAGGAAAUCCAACAACUGCAGUCUGAACAAUUCACUCAUAUGCCAUCAAAAAUCAACAAACGUCAUCAUUUUUCGCAAAAAUAGAUGGUCGCAGAAAGAAAUAACAGGCAGAAAUGAUAUUACUCAAGUUAAUAUCCCACCAAUCAUGGCUCCGACUGCUCGCACACAAGCUCUUCGGAACACACGUCGAAGCAAAUGUCCCAUAAACCCAAAGAGCCAAAACCCUCUUCCCUGUUAACCUCCUACGUGAAGUAAUUUGGUGAAGAAAAUGUUGACUCCGGUUGUACAAAAUCCUUGAAAUUGCCACAAAUGCGCAAGGAGUGAGGAUUGGUAUUGAAUACUAGAAUUGGAGCCAUGUUUACUGGCGCAUACACGCUGCAGUCCCAUUCCGAUCAUUCCUUUUACAUUAUAACUACAAACCCCGUUUCCAUAUGAGUUGGGAAAUUGUGUUAGAUGUAAAUAUAAACGGAAUACAAUGAUUUGCAAAUCAUUUUCAACCCAUUUUCAAUUGAAUGCACUACAAAGACAAGAUAUUUGAUG